AUGAGGGGUUUCCUUUUCAUUUACAGUUUCGUCUGUUUAUCAGGAUGUGUCACAUCCUCAGACAACAAGCGUUUUCUGGUUGAUAACCAGCAGACUAGUCCCAUUCCUGCUGCAGUAUACAGUGAUAUACAGCAACAGCUGGAUAGUCUUCGAGCCCAUGAUACUAGCCAGGAACGGGAUAUGGGGAAGCUUGGUGGACAAAUUGCUGAUUUGAAUACGCACCUGUCAAGGUCAGAUGCAUUAAUUAAUGAUCUCGUUAGAAAUCGAACUUCUUGUUCUUGCUCGCAUGACAUAAAUACCGGUAAUCCUGGACUAUCUUCGCCGGAACUCAAAAAUAUAUCUCAGCAAAUUCAGAUCAUAGCAAAUGAUGUACACCAACAUGAUUUGGUAACCAGUAACCUCUCAUCAAUAACUGGAAGCAUUUCAAGACAAGUAUCAGGGACAUAUCAACUAUUAGAAGAACUCAUAUCACUACCCGCUGCUCAUGAACUCAAACUUGAGCUGCAGAAUUCUGAUUUGCAUACUAUUUUCGACAACAUAGCAUCUGCACAUACUCAAUCACACGCGUGUAAGUGUAAUGUGUCAGGCCUGUCUUCACAAAUUAAAACUUUGGACCAGAAAUACCAAUCCGCAUUGCUUGACCUAAAUAAUAUGAAAGCAGGCAUUAGUACGAAUGAUAAUAAAUUAUCCCAACAGGAUAUGACGAUUCAGACCCUUCAACAAAAGCUGUAUGAACAGGAUCAGACAUUAAACGCAAAAGGCACCAUUUUGAAUGAUAUGACCUCACAAAUUCACAAAUUAACUCUGGAUCUUAAUAGACAGCAACUUGUUAUUCAAAACCUUACGUCUGAGAAAGCCGCCAUGUCCACUGCUACCUCGUCGUUAGAUGACAGGAUCCAGACUCAGGCGGCCACCAUUCAGGAUAUGUCUACCACACUGAGACAGCAGCAGAAUUUCAUCACAAGUCUUCUCGGCUGGCUGAAAGACACAGUACAACUUCCUUGCACGACUGGCUCGAUACACAACCUUUGUCCAGCAGGAUCACGUGACAUCUUCUUUCACAACCAGUUCCACGAAACACCAUCUGUAUCCUCUGCCGCAUCCCUGUUCCACAUCCCGACAAGGGCCGUAAUGAAUCACAUGACACCUACUAUAGCCAACGUGACACCCCGGGGAUUCCGAAUUACCGUAGUUUGUGAAUCAGAUAGCAAUUAUGCAAUAGAGGCAACGUGGAAAGCGUGUGUCAUUCCCCUGGUAGAGGUCAAUUCAAACUAGAACUGUUGACUUACCUAUGUAACUAUCUCAUUUGAUAUGGCUUUAUUUGGCUGUCUCUUUGUCACAAGUUCUCAUCUGACCUUGACUGUUGGUAUCUUAUUGACAAACGUUCUCAUCUGACCUUGACUGUUGGUAUCUUAUUGACAAACGUCCUCAUCUGACCUUGACUGUUGGUAUCUUAUUGACAAAUGUUCUCAUCUGACCUUGACUGUUGGUAUCUUAUUGACAAACUUCCUCAUCUGACCGUGACUGUUGGUAUCUUAUCGACACACGUCCUCAUCCGACCUUGACUGGUGGGGCAACGCCUUCACACACGUCCUCGUCUUAUAAUGACUGUUGGUAUAUCCUUGACACACGUCAUCUUAUCUUGGCUGUUGGUAUCUCAUUGACACUCGUCCUCAUCUGACACUGGCCGUCGGUAUCUCCUAGACACACGUCCUCAUCUGAACUUGGCUGUUGGUAUCUUAUUGGUAACGUCUUCAUCUGACCUUGACUAUUGGUAUCUCCUUGACACACGACCUCAUCUGACCUUGACUGUUGGUGUCGUCUUGAGACAUGUCCUCAUAUGAUUUUGACUCUUGGUAUAUCCAUGACACCCGUCCUCUUCUGAUCUUAACUGUUGGUAUCUCCUUAACAAAAGUCCUCAUCUAACACGGACCGUCGUAUGUCCUUGACAUUCGUCCUCAUCUGAUCUUAACUGUUGGUAUCUCCUUGACACUCGUCCUCAUCUGACACUGGCUGUAGUUAUGUCCUUGACACAUAUCCUCAUUUAACCACGAUUAUUGGUUUCUCCUUGACACAUGUCCUUGUCUGGCCAUGAUUGUUGGUUUCUCCUUGACAUACGUCCUUAUCUUACCCGGACUGUUGCAGGAAGGUAAAAAGAAGAUUUAUUUUGGUACUUGAAUCUAGUUUACAUAUUUGCUAAUUGGUGUGUCACCAAUGUUCCUGCCAAUCUCAGAAAAAAUAUGGAAAUGUCAAUCAAAAGAAAACAACGAAACUAUACACAGGGUGAAUGGUCUGGCGCAUAUUUGGGUGUUUCAACCUAACGGUGACAAUUUCAAAUAAAGAAAAACUGAGUUUUUGAA